CAGCACUGGCACCACCGGCACCGGCACCACCGGCUCCACCAGCACCAGGGUGCCAGGGGUGAAGGCAGCACCGAGGGGCUCAGCCCUGGCCCUGGGGCUGAACUCGGUGAGGAUCCGGUGCCAGAACGAGGCCGUGUUCCAGUAUCACAUCACCUUCAGCCCCGAGGUGGAGUGCAGGAGCGUGCGCUUGGCCAUGCUGAAGGAGCAUCAGGCUGUGCUGGGGGAUGUGAUGGCCUUUGAUGGCUCCAUCCUGUUCCUGCCCAUCCAGCUCCCACAGCUCCUCACCCUGCGGGUCCAGAGGAGGAGCGAUGGGCAGGACGUCACCAUCAGCAUCCAGAGCACCAAGGUCCUGGAGCCAAGCUCCGAUCUCUGCAUCCCCUUUUACAACGUGGUGUUCCGGAGGGUGAUGAGGCUCUUGGACAUGCAGCUCGUGGGGAGGAACUUCUUUGAGCCGUCCCAGGCCCUGGUGCUGCAGCAGUACAGGCUGCAGGUCUGGCCAGGAUACACUGUCAGCAUCCGCAAGAAGGACGGAGGCCUCUUCCUGCUGGUGGAUGCCAUCCACAAAGUGAUCCGCAGUGAAUCCAUCCUGAGCUUCAUGCGCAGCAUCUACAGGCAGAGCCCAGGCAGCUUCCAGGAGGAGUGCAUGAAGCAGCUGGUGGGCAGUGUGGUCAUCACCCGCUACAACAACCGCACCUACCGGCUGCACGACAUCGACUGGAGCAAGACCCCCCAGGACACCUUCACCCUGGCCAGCGGUGAGGUUGUCACCUUCAGCAGCUACUACAGCAAAACCUAUGGGAUCACCAUCAAGGAGCUGGAGCAGCCGCUGCUCAUCCAUCGGCCGAAGGAGAAGCUGAGUCCGGAGGGGAAGCCCCGCUUGGACUUGGUACUGCUGGUGCCAGAGCUCACGUUCAUGACCGGGAUCCCGGAGCUGCGGAAGGACAGUCGGAUGCUGAGGGAGGUGAUGGAGACCAUGCGGCAGAGCCCCCAGCAGCACUACCAGCGCCUCAGCAGCCUCCUGCAGCGCAUCCGCAGCAGCACCGAGGCCUCGCGGGAGCUGCAGCGCUGGGGGCUGCUCCUGGAGCCUGACAUCCAUAGGACCCAGGGCCGGGUGCUGCCCAUGGAGAGGAUCAACCUGCGCCAUGGCUCCAUCACCCCCAGCGAGGACCUGAGCUGGGCCAAGGCUGUGGUCAGGGAAGCCUCCAUCUCUGCGAUCUCCAUGAACUACUGGCUCCUGGUGUACCCGUGGCGGCUGCAGAGCCUGGCCAAGGACCUGGUGUGUGCCAUGGAGAGCGUGUGCGGCCCCAUAGGGAUGCGCCUCAGCCGCCCGGUGCUGCUGGAGCUGCAGGACGACCGCAUCGAGACCUAUGCCCGGAGCAUCCGGAGUGCACUGAGCAGUGAGGAGAAGGUGCAGAUCCUGCUGUGCAUCAUCUCGGGCAGCCGGGAGGAUCUGUAUGCGGCCAUCAAGAAGCUGUGCUGUGUACAGUGCCCUGUGCCCUCCCAGGUGCUCAGCGCACAGACCCUGAGCGGGCAGCCGGCCAAGCUGCGCAGUGUGGUGCAGAAGGUGCUGCUGCAGAUGAACUGCAAGCUGGGGGGAGAGCUCUGGGGGGUGGACAUCCCCCUGAAGCAGCUGAUGGUCGUGGGCAUGGACGUGCACCACAGCCACAGCAGGGACAUGCGCUCCGUCAUCGGCUUCGUGGCCAGCAUGAACCCCAUCCUCACCAGGUGGUAUUCCAGGGUGGUUUUCCAGAUGCCUCACCAGGAGAUUGCUGACAGCCUCCGGCUCUGCCUGGCCGAUGCCCUGCAGCACUUCCAUGAGAUGAACCAUUGCCUGCCCAGGAAGAUUGUGGUGUUCCGGGAUGGGGUGUCCGACAGUCAGCUGGACACGGUGCUCCGGUACGAGAUCCCACAGCUGCAGAAGGCCUUGGACACCUUUGAGAGCUACACACCAGGGCUGGUGGUGCUGGUGGUGCAGAAGCAGCACAGCACCAACCUCUACACGCUGGCGACGGAGCAGCUCACGGCCCCUCCGCCGGGUACCGUCAUUGACCACACGGUCACCAGCUCCCAGGGGCAGGAUUUCUUCCUGCUGGCUCAUCACUCCCGGCAGGGCUGCAGCAUCCCCACACGUUACAUCUGCCUGCUCAACACGGCCAACCUGAGCUGCGAGCACAUCCAGAGGCUCACGUUCAAGCUGUGCCACCUGUACUGGAACUGGCCGGGCACGGUGCGGGUACCUGCUCCCUGCGGCUACGCUCACCGGCUGGCGUUCCUGGCAGGACACAUCCUGCACCACGAGCCUGGUGCUCAGCUCUGUGACAAGCUCUUCUUCCUGUGAGCUGCUCAUCCGGUUUGGUUCUGCUCCCGGUUCCUUGCCUUGGCUGUUGUUGGUUAAGGGAUGCUCAGAGCCGGCUGGGCCUGGCACCGGUGCCAGGGGCUCCUCUGAGCCCAGUGUUCCCAGGCUCCGGCACCGGUGCCCAUGGGCUCCCAGGCUCCAGCACCGUCCUGGGCUCAGCUGCCAGGUCCCAGUUUCCCUUUGCCUUUCCUGGCUUCUGUUUUGGGAUCUCAGCUCCUUCUGGUGCCAUCCGGGAGCUGCUGCUUUCCCAAUGAGGGAUCCUGUUCCUGAGGGAAACCCUCUGGAGUUCACUGCUGGGACCUCAGUUCGAAGCUGUUGCAGCCCCUGGGUCAUUGGGGCUCUGCCUUUGCCCCCCAUGGGGCAGGGCUGGGGGGGCAGGACCUGGUUCUGUCCCUCCUGUGCCCGGUUCCAGUUCACCCCAAUAAAGCUGUUGCUGGCACCAGUGCCUGGGGGUUCCCGGGACCCUCUGUGGGGUGUGGGGCUCCCGCACCCACGUUAAUCAUU